AUGGCGGAUAGCUUUACGGCUUCUCAUCUUCAGAAGCACUUGGGAAUGACCCGAUUGAUAUUCUUGUGGAUGACCAAGACGCUGCGGUUGCACAGAACAUCACUCGGCGUUGCGGCUGCAGAGAGAGCUGGACUGGUGAGUUUCCUGUCAAGAACAAAGCAGGAGACAGGUUUUCAGUAGUGACUACCAUGUCUCCUUUCUACAAUAAUGAUGGCUCUCUUAUUGGGAUCAUUUGUGAUAACGAUGCUGCUCUUUUUCAAGACCCGAGAGCCUCUCAGGUUAAGACAAGGGGGAAAGAAGGGGAAACGAGCUUUAGCCGGGUGACUAAUAGUGUUGCAUCUAAGCUCGGUCUUGACUCCAAAGAGGCUGUUGUCUCGAAACUUGGGCUUGAUUCUCAGCAGCCUAUACAAGUCGCUAUUAAAUCCAAGAUAUCAGAUUUGGCAUCCAAUGUGGGGAACAAGGUCAGGUCGAAGAUGCAAGCAUGUGAUAACAGCGCUGCACACCAUGAGGGUGGAAGUGGGGACAGUCAUCAUUCGGAUCAAGGCUUCUUCGAAGCUGCUUUAUUUGAACGGAAGGAGGAUGCAUGUGCCAGCACAGCUAGAGGGGAUUUUAUCCUGUCUCUUUUCGGUGUGUUCUUGCGUAGGGAUAAGUCUUCUUCAAAGCCCUUCAGAGAUUCCAGUUAUGAAAAUGAUAUUCCUAAGAAACUUGCCUCAAAAGCUGAAGAAUGGAUGGCAAAGAAAAGAUCGUCGUGGCCAUGGAAAGGGAAUGAACAAGAAGGUUUGGGAGGAACGUGUGGUCAUUCGGUCUGGCCUUGGGUGCAGAACGAACCGCAAAAAGAACAAGCUCAUCAGAGUAAUAAGGCUGUUAAUAUUGAGGCUGUGGGCGGGUUUUGGUCUUCUUCUCUUUAUGUGAACAGCACAAUGGAUUACAUAUACAGACUGUAA